ACAAACAGAGGUUUGAUUAGUUGAUAGGAUGCAAAGAUCGAACGGAUAGACCGGACAGAGAAAUCCACGUCAUUCCCCCCUUUACGGCACGCAGAUCAUCAUCACCCAGCACCAUUCAGCCUGUGUCGCCUUCUCACAAGGCAUGGACAAGACUCUCUUUGUCACUCUUCUAGUCAUCUUCAUCUUCGUAUUCGUCAUCCCUAGACUGACAGGACGAAGUGGUAAGAAGAUCGAAAUGGGUCCCAAUGUGACAGUGAUUCAGUCGACGGCUCAGUUCGACAAUAUUGUCAAAAGCCUUUCGGCGUCUCAAUUGCUCGUCAUUGACUUUUCAGCGGAAUGGUGUGGACCUUGCCAUGCAAUCGCCCCUGUCUUUGAUUCGCUGGCGAACAGGUAUAAACACGUCAAGUUUGUGAAAAUCGACGUCGACCAUCAAAGACUCUUGUCCAGCCGGUUUGCAAUCCGAGCGAUGCCGACUUUCAAGUUCUUGAAAGGCGGUCGAGAGAUUGCCGAGCUCAAAGGCGCUUCUCCACCACAGCUGACUGCCCUGGUCAACCAGCAUGCUGGUCCAGCACCGCCGCCCUCUGCCACCGCUUCAGCCUCAGCCUCUACGCCGCAACCCGCUGCUGGCAGCGCGUCCUCCAAGCCGAGCGCGCCCGAAUCUCAAUCCCUCCACUCCAACAUCACUUCAAAAGAUCUCUCAUGCCUCAAUGAGUCAUCCGCUCAUCCGCUUACCUCGAUCCUCGGAACAAACGCUGGUCCGAAGGGCGAUUCUUAUCUCGAAUCCGAUGUCGACGCGGAGCUGCUCCUCUCGAUACCAUUCAAUGAACCGUGCAAAUUGAAGGCUAUUUCCAUUUUCUCAGGUGUCUGCCCGAGCCAGGCUCCAAAGACUAUCAAGCUGUUCAUCAAUCACUUGUCAAUGGACUUUGGCGAUGCAGAGACGCUGGAUCCGGCCCAAGAGAUCACGCUCAAGCCGGAGGAUGUCAAAGGGGACAAGAUUGACCUCCGCUUCGUCAGGUUCCAAAACGUCAGGAGUCUGCAUAUUCUCGUCAAGGAUAACCAAGAGGAUGAGGAGACGACGAGGAUUGACUCUAUAGAUAUCUUCGGAACAGUGGGUGAGAAUCUAGACAGCAAGGCUGCAUUGCCUAGGUUGGGAGAUCCGGAGGACAGAGAAUAGGAGCGGUCUUCGUCGUAGAGCUAUACCCGCUAGGUGUGAGACGCUGUCUACAGUUCACGAGCCUCAUUGUAGCCAACAGAACCGCUAGCUAGCGGCCGGCUAAUGGCCAAGCAUGCCAUUUGUGUAAGGGGAGAGUUGAUGAGCAACAAAGGAGUUCCGCCAAGUAGAAACCGCGUGGAUGACGUAAAAGUCCAGCGCGUUCUAUUUUUCCCCUUUGUUGAUCCUUCCA